AGCCGGGCCGCGUCCGCCCAGCGCGCUGCGGGCACGGCUCCGCCGCCCGGUCAUCUCUGUCGGGCCGGAGGUGCCGGUUCAGGUUUAGAGCGACGCCCCGGACAGCAGCGGGCGCGGACACCUGAGCGGAGCCGCCCGUGUCCCUCAGAAAGGCUGCCGUGAGCGGGAGCCGCGAGGGAAUAGCACGAAGUUUGCAGCGUCCUCUUCCUGUGUCGUGUCCGUCCGUGCCCCGCGGCUCCCGGAGAUGAGAGCGGGGCAGCGGCGGAGCGCUCUGCUCCGGCAGCCCCUGAGGGACCCCCGCCGGCCUGAGGGCGGGCGCGGGGCCGGGGCGGCGGCUGAGGACGCUAGGCCGCGGCUGCCCGGGCUCCUCGGCGGCCGCAGCGGGACACGGGGUGCGAGAGGGCAGAGGGGAGUGACGAGAGCGAGGCGUGGGUCGCUGCUGGGCUGGAGGACUGUGCGUGUGUGGCGGGGGGUCGCCGGGGCCCUGCCUCGCUAACGGCGGGGCAGCCCGGCCUGCGGGGGGAACCCCGCGGAGCCCCUUGGCUGCCCCGGGGCGAACGCCGACAGCCCGGACCUGUCGGUGUCGGGAGUGGAAGCGGCAGUUCUGCGGUCCCGCGCUGCAGCAGGUUGGGAUGUCGGUCUCUAUCCUUUCCUGUCACAUGGCUGGUAAUAGGAUCCCUCAUCUGCCACUCGGCACCUCGCCGGGGCGCACUUACAGGACACAUGCUGUAGGGCCUCCGCUUCCCGCACUUUGCGCUCUUCCCGGCCGCCUGCCACCCCCGGAGCGCUGGGGCUGCGUCCUGCGGGCGCCGUGCGGCCCGGCGGCCGCUGCCCAUGGAGCCUCCCGCCCUCGCCGCCGUCCUGGCCUUCUCGGGGCUGGCGCUGAGCUGCUGCCGCGAGCCCGUGCAGUCCGAAUGUUAUACAGCAAAUGGGGCUGACUAUCGUGGCACUCAGAACCAGACUUCCCAAUAUGCAGGGAAACCUUGUCUUUUUUGGAAUGAGACCUUUGAGCAUCCUUAUAAUACUGUGAAAUAUCCCAAUGGGGAGGGAGGGCUUGGAGAGCAUAACUACUGCAGAAAUCCUGAUGGAGAUGUCAGCCCGUGGUGCUACAUUGCAGAACAUGAGGAUGGAAUAUAUUGGAAAUACUGUGAGAUUCCAUCCUGCCGAAUGCCAGGGAAUCUGGGGUGUUACAAGGACCAUGGAGAACCACCACCUUUGACUGGCACCAGUGAGACCUCCAAUAAACUUACUAUCCAAACGUGCAUCAGUUCCUGCCGAAGUCAACAAUUUAAGUUUGCAGGCAUGGAAUCAGGUUAUGCCUGUUUCUGCGGAAAUAACCCUGACUACUGGAGAUACGGGGAGGCAGCCAGUACGGAAUGCAACAGUGUUUGCUUUGGAGACCAUACUCAGCCUUGCGGUGGGGAUGGCAGAGUCAUUCUUUUUGACACCCUUAUUGGUGCCUGUGGAGGGAAUUACACUUCUGCUACAGCUGUGAUCUACUCCCCAGAUUUUCCUGACACAUAUGGCACAGGCAAAGUCUGUUACUGGACCAUACAAGUUCCAGGAGCAUCUCGAAUCCACUUCAGCUUUGCCCUUUUUGAAAUCAAAGAUGCUACAGAUAUGGUGGAAUUGCUGGAUGGCUAUACCUAUCAUGUUCUAGCUCGUUUUAAUGGCAAGAACCGGCCUCCCCACACCUUUAACAUCUCUUUGGAUUUUGUCAUUUUGUACUUUUUCUCAGAUGACAUCAAUCAAGCCCAGGGAUUUGCUAUCAGAUAUAGAGCUGUGAAGGACAAUGUGCAUCAAAACAAGACUCCAGUGAAUCACACCCUUUCAGAGAGGAUAAAUGAACAAGCAAAUCUCAGCAUCAAUGCAGCUCGGUCAUCAAAGAUACUUUAUGUCAUCACAACCAGCCCAAGUCAUCCUACCAGCUCCAUGCCUGAGUGGACAAUAUACAGUCUCACAGCACUGCUCAUCCUAAGUGUUACAGCCAUAAUAGCAAAGAUAAUUCUCCACGUUACCAUGAGAUCCCAUCAGAUUCCAUCCACAAGUGACACUGAAGAUUGCAGUGAUGUCACCACUGCCGGUGAGAUCUGGAGUAUAUUUUACCAGCCAUCCACAUCGAUAUCCAUCUUCAAGAAAAAGCUCCGAAAUCAGCAGGAUGAUUGCAACCCACUCGUGGGAAACUAAAGUGCCUUCUGUUUUACAAGAAUUGAUCUUCUUAAAAUCCAGGGAAUGGAGCUUCCCCCACCUCAACAGCAGCCACAGCCAGGUGUGAGCAGGGACACUGAGGCACCCUCAGGAUCACCCACCCUGUCCACUCACACCUGGGGGCAGUUACAACUGUCCAGUGCUGGACUGACACUGUGCACAACACCUGGUAAAUUCGACUGUGGCAUUCAGUGAAAACUGAACGAUCCUAAGAACAUUAUGGGUUGCCUCCAAAGGAGACCACAACCACUUAUGAUGUCUAUGUGUGUGUAUGUAUUUACAUAUCCACCUAUCUAUUAUUUAAAAAAAAAAAAAAAAGAAAAAAUGUUGUCUAUUAGAGUUCAUCUCAGCAUAUCUAGGACUGUACUUUGAGGAGAACAACUAUCUGUGUCCUUACCCCCAAAACAAGAAGAACAACUACCACAUGUAUAUGCAA